AGCUUGUGCAAAAAACAUGUUCAAGGACCAAUGAAGAAGUAUUUCAAUCCUUCACUUAAAUAAAUACACGAGUAUCAUCAGCAAAAUGAAUUAAAUGUACUUUAAGUGGUCUGCAGAACAAAUGGAUGUUGAUAUUGAUCAUUUUUAUUUAUUAUUUUAGCUUUUAUUGAAAUUAAACCCUUAUGAGAUGUUUGAAAGUGAAAUGUCCCAUUUGUGAUGGUGAAAAAAAUAAAAAGGAUUUUAUACAUUUAUACGACCUGUUUAAUCUUUAUAAUAUAUGUGUUUUUAUUUGCUAUCUGAAAAUCAACCUUCAACUAUAAUUGCUAGAUAAGGAAGUGAGGUGUAUAUUAAAUGAAAAUACUCUUUAAAGUUGAUUAAGAUACUUAAUUAGUUUCCACUGCAGUGAUUUCCAUGAGAAAAAAAACACAAACAAAAGCAAAGAAAUGACGGCUCAGUUUUCCACCGACACACGUUCAAUCAGCGGCGAAAUCAAGAGGAAUCUCCCAGAGAAGUUGACAACUUCUCUAAACCAAUCUUUCAUCAUCUCCUCUUAUCUUUGAGAAGUCGUUACUCGAAGACAGAGAUGAGUUAAAGACUAAUCUUUGGCCUUGGAGGCCGUUAAUCAUUCAGCUCAGUGAGAGUUAAAAGCAGCGUGGAGAACUCUUCCAUCUUCCAUCGCUGGUCAGGAAACAUGGCUGCGAAACAGACGGAGGAUUCAUCCGGAGACGUGAGCGGAGACGACCGGGACAGAGGGGGACUCAUGGACAGACUCAGGACCUUCAAGGCCAAGGACGUUUUCACCUGGCAGCUGGUGAAGACGCUGUCCAUGGGUCAGGGCCUGGCGCUGCUCAUCUGCGGGACGGCCAUCACGUCUCAGUAUCUGGCCACGAACUUCCACGUGAACACGCCGAUGCUGCAGAGCGUCCUGAACUACCUGCUGCUGGGCGCCACCUACACCACCAUGCUGCUCUGCAGGACAGGGGAUGGGAAUAUUUUACAGAUCCUGAAGAGGAGGGGGUGGAAGUACCUGCUGCUGGGGCUGGUGGACGUGGAGGCCAACUACUCCGUGGUUAAAGCGUAUCAGUACACCACCAUCACCAGCGUACAGCUGCUGGACUGCUUCGUGAUCCCGGUUCUGAUGGUCCUGUCCUGGUGGGUCCUGAAGACGCGCUACCGGCCGGUCCACUACGUGUCCGUCUGCGUGUGUCUCCUGGGAGUCGGGGCCAUGGUGGGGGCCGACCUGCUGGCGGGACGAGACCAGGGCUCCACCGCCAACAUUUUACUGGGCGACGGUCUGGUGCUGCUCAGCGCGACCCUGUACGCGGUGUCGAACGUGUGUCAGGAAUACACCGUGAAGAACCUGAGCAGGGUGGAGUUCCUGGGCAUGGUCGGCCUCUUCGGCACCGUCAUCAGCACCUUACAGAUGGUGAUUCUGGAACGAAACGACAUCGCUGCCAUUCAGUGGAGCUGGGAAGUCGCGCUGCUGUUCUCGGCCUACGCCCUCUGCAUGUUCUCCCUGUACAGCUUCAUGCCCGUGGUGAUAAAACUCAGCAGCGCCACCUCGGUCAACCUCUCGCUGCUCACCGCCGACCUGUUCAGCCUCUUCUGUGGCAUCUUCCUCUUCCAGUACAACUUCUCUGGUCUCUACCUGGUUUCCCUGGUGAUCAUCCUCAUCGGCUUCAUCACCUUCAACGCCGUCCGGACGCCGGACGACCCCACGGACGCCGACGCCUCCUCCUCCUCCUCCUCCUCCUCCUCCUCCUCCUCCGCCAUCUGUGAGGACGGUUGCUAUGACAACCCUGUGGCCACUCAGACGGACGUCCCCAAACAGGAAGUGGCUGUGACCGUCACCGACGCGGAGGAGGACGAGGAGGACGUCGUUGGUCUCGGCACUAAAAUGUGAAGAACGAAUCCGUCGUCUGUCGUCGUCGUGUCUGUUUGUGUAUUUUUAAUAAACACGUUUAUUUAUUGAGUUUUGCUUGUACACAAUGAUACAAAGUAAAAAAUAAAAUAAUACAGAAACGAA